CGCUUUUCUCCAGAAAAAGGGAAAAUGCUGAAAGUUCCAGAGCACCAAGUGGCGGGACACAAGGCCAAGGACGGUGCUCUGGGCCCCCUCGUAGAUGGUUCUGGAAAGUUCUACAAGCCUCUCCAAAACGGCAAUCGCGGCUCCACCGAGCUCACCUUUUACUCCUCCCUCUCUGCCCACCCCUCCAUCCCUCUCUCCUUCUUCCCCGCGUUUCACGGCACUCAGGUCGUUCAAGCCUCCGAUGGAUCUGGCCUCCACUCCCACCUCGUUCUCCAAGACCUCCUUUCCGAUUACACUCUACCCUCCGUCAUCGACAUUAAGAUCGGUUCCCGAACCUGGUACCCCCAAGCCUCCCAAGACUACAUAACCAAGUGCCUCGUCAAGGACCGAACCUCCUCCUCCCUCCCCUUGGGUUUCCGAAUCUCUGGACUCAAGGACUCCCUCACGCGCUGGGAACCCCAUCGCAAUUCCCUCUUUGCUCUCUCUGCAGACGCCGUUACGCUGCUUCUUAAGCGUUUCGCUUCUUCUAACGCUGACGAUUCCGCUUCCGAUCCCGAUUGCGUUUUCGCCAACGAGGUUUACGGCGUCGUUUUGGAACGCCUGUUGGAGCUCAAGAAGUGGUUCGAGGUUCAGACUCUGUAUCACUUCUAUUCGUGCUCGCUUUUGCUGAUUUACGAGAAGGGAGCGACCAAGGGGAAAGGUUUCGAUCCCAUGGUCAAACUCGUUGAUUUUGCUCACGUCGUCGAUUCCAACGGUGCCAUUGAUCAUAACUUCUUGGGUGGACUCUGUUCUUUUAUCAAGUUCGUUAAGGAUGUUCUUGCGGAUCAGAAUCCUCGUGAUAUCGGUAAUUGCAUUUCUAAGGUUCAGCCAGAAUGAGUGUGACUGUAUGAAGGAGACUGUAAUUCCAUCGCGUUGCCGAUGAACCCUAAUUAUGUUCUGAUAACUCAGCAUGCUUCGUUGCUUUC